CUUGCGACGGAUCCGGGCGGGAGUUUGUUUUGAUGGCUUGCAGACACGCAGAUCGGAGUUGCUAUUCAUUUAUGUUUCAUUAGCUGGAAGUAAGAUGAUUCACGAAUUGUUGCUGGCAUUAAGCGGGUACCCGGGGACCAUUUUCACAUGCAAUAAACGAACGGCUUUGCAGGUGUCCCAGGAUCUCCCCUUCCUUCACCCUAGUGAGACCGGUGUCCUGAAUAGGCUCUGUAAAUUGGGCUCGGAUUACAUUCGCUUUACGGAGUUCAUAGAGCAACACACUGGCCACGUGCAUCAACAAGAACAUCACACAAAUCAGCCCAGCCAGACGGGACUACAUGGUAUAUACCUGCGUGCAUUCUGCACAGGGCUGGAUUCUGUGCUUCAGCCAUACAGACAGGCCCUGCUGGACCUUGAGCAGGAGUUCCUCAGUGAUCCCCACCUGACAGUAUCCCACGUGAAUUAUAAGCUUGAUCAGUUCCAGUUGCUUUUUCCCUCUGUGAUGGUGGUGGUGGAAACUAUUAAAUCGCAGAAGAUCCAUGGCUGUCAGAUUCUGGAAACGGUGUACAAGCACAGCUGUGGGGGGCUUCCUCCUGUACGUAUGGCUUUGGAAAAGAUCCUUGCAGUUUGCCAUGGUGUGAUGUACAAGCAACUUGCCGCCUGGAUGCUGCAUGGAUUACUGCUGGAUCAAAGCGAGGAGUUUUUUGUGAAACAGGGUCCCAGUGCAGGAGGAGCUUCUACUUGCCAGGAGGAGGAUGAGGAGGAUCUUGGUCUGGGAGGCUUAAGUGGCAAACAACUGCGAGAACUUCAGGACCUGAGGCUGAUAGAAGAGGAAAAUAUGCUGGCUCCGUCUCUCCAGCAGUUCUCCUUGCGAGCAGAGAUGUUGCCUUCUUACAUUCCAAUACGAGUGGCAGAGAAGAUCCUUUUUGUUGGAGAAUCUGUCCAGAUGUUUGAAAACCACAACCACAGUCCCUCAAGAACUGGAUCCAUAUUGAAGCACCAGGAGGACGCAUUUGCCGCUGAUUUGCAUAGACUUAAGCAGCAGCCUCUUUUCAGCCUGGCUGAUUUUGAAGAUUUAAUUGAUCGCAUCAGAAGCACAGUGGCGGAGCAUCUUUGGACACUGAUGGUGGAGGAGUCUGAGCUCCUUGAGCAGCUCAAGAUCAUCAAGGAUUUCUAUUUACUUGGUCGUGGCGAGCUCUACCAGGUUUUUAUCGACCUCGCACAGCACAUGUUGAAGACCCCACCGACAGCUGUAACAGAGCACGAUGUAAAUGUGGCCUUCCAACAAGCAGCUCAUAAGGUGUUGCUGGAUGAUGACAAUCUGCUGCCUUUGCUACACCUCACUGUUGACUACCAGGGCAAAGACAGUAAAGAGAUGGUAGGCCCCAGAGAUGGUACCAGUCCUCCACAAGAUAUCUCCCCUCGAGAGGUGCCUCCUACUGGCUGGGCUGCUCUCGGCCUCAUCUACAAGGUUCAGUGGCCGCUGCACAUUCUCUUCACUCCUGCUGUUCUAGAGAAAUACAACGUAGUGUUCAGGUACCUGUUGAGUGUGCGGCGGGUGCAGUCACAGCUCCAACACUGCUGGGCUUUGCAAAUGCAGAGGAAGCAUCUCAAGUCCAGCCAGACAGAUGCAAUCAAGUGGAGACUGCGUAACCACAUGGCUUUUCUGAUCGAUAACUUGCAGUACUACUUGCAGGUGGAUGUGUUGGAGUCCCAAUUCUCUCAGCUGCUUCAGCAGAUCAACUCCACCAGAGAUUUUGAAAGCAUCCGACUAGCCCAUGACCAUUUCCUCAGCAACCUGCUCGCCCAGUCCUUCAUCCUUCUGAAACCAGUCUUCCAUUGCCUGAAUGAGAUCCUGGAGCUCUGUCAUAACUUCUGCUCUUUGGUUAGUCAGAGUGUGGCAUCCCUCGAUGAGAGGGGAACCGCUCAGCUAGAUAUUCUAGUCAAGGGUUUCAGACGUCAAUCGUCACUACUGUUCAAAAUCCUAUCAAGCGUGAGGAAUCAUCAAAUCAACUCUGAUCUCGCUCAGCUUCUUCUGCGACUGGACUACAACAAGUACUACACCCAAGCUGGAGGCACUCUGGGCAGUGUUUGAGAAGACCAGAGGAUUAGAGGUUAGCUGUCCUGGAAUUCCCUUCCAUCAGUAUUUUGUUCUGAAUGCUUUCUUUUUAAAAUUAAAAUACUGAAAAGACAUCUCUUCAAACCAGUUCAGGGUGUCCCCUGCCUACUGCCCGUAGUUAGCUGGGAUGGGCUCCAGCACCUUCGCGACCCUCGUGAGGAAAAGCGGCAUGGAAAAUGAAUGAAUGAACAUCUCUUCAAAUGGCAAAAUGCUGUCUUUGUUGAAGUCUCAGUGAAGACUGACUAUAUUUUUCAAUGGUUUAUUUGCAACCAAGAGCAUGACCACGAGUACUGUAAGCCGUAGCCAACAAAACGACAGCCUUCACGCUCCGGGAAACUUGUCCACCUCUACCAAUCAUUCUCCAGUCAGUCACGCCGUGCAUUUAGGGACAGCAUGCAAAACACAACACUACACAUCAAUUAUGUUUCCAUACUCAACAAUUGCAGGGGUACGAGUUAUUUUUUCCAAACAAUUUUUCAGUCGUAAAUAGAUUAAAUUUGGUAGAUACAUACUGUAGCAUGCAAACAUUUGGGCGGCCUUGAUAAUUAUUAAGAUUUGCACAUCUCCAAUUGUUUGGAACAAAAAAUUCUGUUAAAUAUAUCAUAAAACAGAUGAAGAACUGAAGUUUAUAUCAUAAAUGGAAAGUGCGUAAUAGUUAUUUAAACAAAAAUAGGCUGGUGCAUAGAUUUGGGCACUCCUGUGUUUUUAUUGAUUAGAACAUUUUUAGUACUCAUUUUUGAAGCUCAAAAUUUGUUUAAUAAGCUGACUGACGUUGACCUACAUAUAGUGGUUUGAAAAAUUGUCUGAACCUUUUGGAAUUUCUCACAUUUCUGCAUAAAAGCACCAUCAAAUGUGAUCUGAUCUUUGUCAAAAUCACACAGAUGAAAAAAACUUUAACUAAAACCACCCAAACAUUUAUAGGUUUGCAUAUUUUAAUGAGGAUAGCAUGCAGACAAGGACAGAAGGGAGGGGGGAUAAGGAAGUUAACCCUCUGCCUAAGGAGAUUUAAGGAGCAAUUGAAACCAAUUUUUACCAAACAAUUAAAGUCAGGUGCGUGCCCAAUCACUGAUGAGUGGUUUAAACUUGCCCUGCCCACUAUAAAACACACACCUGGUAAGAAAUGUCUUGAUGAGAAGCAUUGUCUGGUGUGCAUCAUGGCUUGGUCAAAAGAGCUGUCUGAAGACCUGCGAUCAAAGAUUGUUGAUUUGUAUGAAGCUGGGAAAGGAUAUACAACCAUCUCUAAAAGUCUGGAUGUUCCUCAAUCGACAGUCAGAAGUGUUGUCUACAAAUGGAGAGAGUUUGGCACUGUUGCUUCUCUCCCAAGGAGUGGCCAUCCACCAAAGAUGAUGCCGAGUUCAGCGCAGAAUACUCAGAGAAGUAAAAAAAAAAAAAAAAAAAAACCUUUAGUGUCUGCUGAAGACUUACAGAAAUCACUGGCACAGUCCAAUAUCUCUGUGCACAUAUCAACUAUAUGUAAAACUAAAGCCAAGAAUGGUGUUCAUGGGAGGACUCCAUGGAGGAAACCACUGCUGUCUAAAAAACACAUUGUUGUUUGUUUAAUGUUCACAAAAAGGCACUUGGACACUCCACAGAAGGUUUUGCAAAAUAUUUUGUGGACUGAUGAAACCAAAGUUGAAUUGUUUUGGGGUAACACACAACGUCAUGUGUGGAGGAAAAAUGGAACAGCUCACCAACAUCAACACCUCAUCCCCACAUGGUGGAGGGAGCAUCAUAAUUUGGGGCUGUUUUGAUGCCUCAGGGCCUGUACAACUUGCAAUCAUAAAUGUAAAAAUAAGUUCAAAAGUUUAUCAGGAUGUUUUGCAGGAAAACCUGAGGCAAUCUGUCAGUUAAAGCUAAAAAGAGGAUGGAUGCUGCAACAAGACAAUAAUCCAAAACAGAAGUAAAUCAACUUCUGAAUGGUUUCAGAGGAAAUAAAUACAGUACACGUUCUGGAGUGGCCAAGUCAAAGUCCAGAUUUGAAACCCAUUGAGAUGAUGUGGCAUGACCUAGAGACAGUGAUUUAUGCCAGACAUCCCAGGAAUCUGAACUACAGAAGUUUUAUAGAGAAGAAUGGGCCAAGAUUAGUCCUAAUCGGUGUGCCAGACUGAUCUGCAGCCACACGAAGUCUGCUUCAAGUUAUUGCUGCCAGGUAUUAAAUGUGAUUGUUCAAUUAUUUUUUCCCCCUUCUGUCAUUGUUUGCAUACUAUCCUCAUUAAAAUAUGAAAACCUAUAAAUGUUUGGGUGGUUUUAGUUAAAGCAGUUUUUUCAUCUGUGUGAUUUUGACCAAGAUCAGAUCACAUUUGAUGGUGAUUUUGAAGCUGCUGUAUGGGAGAGUAAUGCAAAAAAAGGCUUUCCAACGCACAUGCCCCAGUUGCUUGAGGUAUGCCAAAGCACAUUUGAAUAAAGCCACAUUUUGUCAAAGUGUAAGUUGCACAGGACUGGGCUGGAUAUUUCAACAAGACAAAGACCCUAAACCAGGGGUGGCAAAACCGGUCUUUGAGGGCCGCAGUGAGUCCUGGUCUUUGUUCCAACUGAUUUAGCACAGACAGUUCGACCAAUGAGGUUGCAGGCGAAACAAGAAGCACCAGACAGCAAUCAACUGAUUGAACUUGUAAGAAACCAGAUUGGUGAAAGGCUGUCCUCAUAAUGGGUUUGAACAAAAGCCCGCACCUGCUGCAGCCCUUUGUGGAAUAGUUUGCCCACAACUGCCCUAAACAGUGCUCCAAAUCUACGAAGGCAUUUAUCCAGAGGAACAAGUACAACAUUCUAGAAUCGCCAUCUCAGUCCCCAACCCUGAAUAUCAUUGAAAAUCUGAUUCAAAGCAGGCUAUGCAUCCAUACUCGGCAGCCAUCAAACCUGACUGAGCUGGAGAUGUUUUGUAAAGAAUGGCCAAAAUAACUUGAACCCGAAUCCAGACCCAUUGGGCUUCCAUUGGAAGCUGUAGGAAAUGUUUAGAGGCUGUUAUUUCUGCAAAAGGAGCCUCUACUAAACAUAAACCAUUUUUCUGUAUGGGUGCCUAAAUUUAGGCACCAGUCUAUUUUCGUUUUAAUAAUUAGUACGCAUUUCAUCAUAUAUACUUAAUUUCACUUUUCAAAUGUUAAUGUGUUCACUUGCUAUGAUAAACAGUAUUUAGCUUAAUUUGUUAUUCUAAAGUUUAGAAUAACAAUUUCCUUUCCUUUGUAAAUCACUGAUUGUUUAGAAUCUAAACAAUCACUGAUUGUUUAGAAUCUAAACAAUCACUGAUUGUUUAGAAUCUAAACAAUCACUGAUUGUUUAGAAUCUAAACAAUUAGUGAUUUCCAAAGGAAAAUCUGAAAAUUCUCAGGGGUGCCCAAACUUUUGCAUACCACUGGAUGAAAUUCAAAUAAACUUUAUUUUACAAUAUUAAACAGUGCUACAAUUAGGGCUGCAGCUAUCGAAUUUUUUAGUAGUCGAUUCAUGUAUCAACUAGAUGUAAAACAAUGGCUUGCAAAGAUUGCACUUUCAAAAGAGCAUUGAAUCGGAACACAAAAUUUCCGAGUGUUUCUUAAAACUAUGCAGAAUUGCACUUUCAUUUAAAAAAUAAAAAUACCGGAGCUUAGCCUCAAAUGGUCUUAAAAAUUAAAUAAAUGAGGCUCUAAGUACAACAAAAGAACAAUUGGCUAACUUCCAUAGCAAAGGUCCGCUAGCUUAAAUGCUAUAAAACGAUUUUUUAAAAUUUUACAAUCCCCUUAACAAAUCGUUUAAUUUAAACACCUGUUCCUACAAAAUCAGCUAAAUAUACCUACAAACCAAAUUAUGAAUCCAUUAAAAAAAAAAAAAAAAAAAAAAAGGUCUUAACAGGGAGCAGCUGGAUUCAGUCAUAUUUAAUGUCAUAUUCACUGUUGCAACUAGAGGGCAGUGUAUCCACCCAAAUCAAUAAAAAUAAAUAGCCCGAAGCUGCAAAACUUGAUUUGAAGCUUUUCUGUAAUCGAAUUACCGUGUUUUUCGGACUAUAAGUCCCAUUUUUUUUUUUUCUUCUCCAUAGUUUGACCUUGGGUGUGACUCAGGAGCGACUUAUAAAAAUGUGUUAAUAAUUUCACACAUAUCAUUUAACGUUGUUUUGGUGUUUUGGAGUGACACUGAUGGUUUGGUAAACUUGUUCACAUGUUUUUUAUGCUAUAGUUAUCUGAAUAACUUAAUAGCUAUGUUACAUUAAUUAAUAUACCGACCACGUUCGCGUUUUGGAUUUUAUCAAGCAAAUUUCCCCCAAAACGCGACUUCUACUCAGGUGCGACUUAAAGUCAGAAAAAUACCGUACUCGAGUUAAUCGUUGCAGCACUAAAUUUUAACAAUAUUAAAUGUGUAAGUUUAAAAUAAAUUAUUAACUUUGUCACCUUAUGCGUAUCACACACACACUUCAAUUUUAGAUGUGUAAGGGUUUUGUGUAAGUAUUAAGGUAAUUAGCGGUUUCAUAGGGGAAACCUUUGCACCUAGGCCAACUUCUAUUUUUGAUGGGGCUGCCAUGCUCCACCUUAUGUAUGGCUCAGUCAUUCCCUUAGUUCAUGGGUGUCCAAACCUGUCCGCAAGAGCCGCUGUGGGUCCUGGUUUUUGAUCCUACCAAUCGAGCACAGAGUUUAACCAAUGAAGUUUGUGCUAAAACAAGCAGCACCUGACUGUAAUCAACUGAUUACACUUGUGCGACACCAGAUUGGUGAAAAGAUGUCAUCUUGUUUUGUAGGAAUGAAAUCCAGCAUCCACUGCGGCCCUAUGUGGAAUAGUUUGGACACCACUGCCUUAGUUCAUUAGGGUAACUUUGGCAGUCAGUUUGCUCAAACCUUUCUAGACUAGAGUAGAUUUUUUGUAUAAAAUAUAAAUAUAUCAAAACCUUGUUGCGUUUAACAUUUUUGUGUCAAAAAUAAAACAAUCCUUUAAAGUGAAACAGGAAUCACGAUUUAUUCUUCCAUAAAAACAGAAUGAAGUUGUCAAAAAUAAAACAAUCCUUUAAAGUGAAACAAUCACAAUUCUUCCGUAAAAACACAGAAUGAAGUUAUAUACAGUAAACGCAUGCAACAGAACAAAUGCUGAAUCAUGAACAGUGUUGAAGGCAGUUUGCGCACAUCUGGCCUAUUAUGAUGAGGAGGACAAAGUCAAGGAAUAAUAGUUGUGGCGAUACUCAGGCUUGCUCUGGAAACCGAGGCGUUCCCCACAGAUGACACUCUGGAUGAGCCACUCAGGAGACACCAGCGGGAGUUCAAGUGAUGCCACGUUUUUCUCGAUCAGUGGCGGGCAUGAAUGGUCUGAGACUACAACAUCAUACUUGCCUGCUGGGACAUCUACAUGUGAGAGAAGAAAACAAUGUUGGUCACUCGGUAAUAAAGUUUUGAUUCAGUCCAUCUCUUACCGGAGCUUUCCUUGUCAGCGUGAAAAUGUCGGACGGAAGAAGCGCCACCCAAGGUGGCGAGCUGGGCCCAAAGCUCCAUUGGCGUCUCAAACACCAGGAAAAAAUGCAAGUCCUUAAAAGGACUGCAGUGGGGGUGCCUGUAGAAAGAAAUAUUGCUAUUUAACUUUUUCCCCACUUUGACAUGCAAUAUUUUACAUUGGUAACUAUUUCGAGGCUUAUCAUUUGCCUCGUUUAUGAAAUGGCUCACUGGUGUCUGGUUAGAAACAAGAGCCUAAACUAAGCUUGGUAUAUAUUUUUAUAUAAAAAUUAAUGUAAAACAAGUAGCUUACUACUGACAGAAAUUGAAGUGCAACAGACUCUCUGCAUAUGCAUCGGUAACCAUUUACGACAGACCAAUAGUGGAAUGUAACGAAGUACUAUGUUACUGUACCUAAGUAUUUUUGUGUGUCUUGGGUACAAAUAUCUUUUUUUCUUUUUUUUUUUUACUUCACUAAAUUUUACAGCACGUAUCUACUUUUAACUCCACUACUUUUCAAAUUGUCGCCAACAUUUCACGCUACUUUUUUUUUCUCAUUGCGAAUUGAUAGUUUCGUUUUCGCAAAUUGAUAUGCCCCCUGCAACUAUACUGUGAGCACUAAGAGACAGCAACAGGAGUACAAGCAAGAUUAGGCAGGUGAACAAGAUAUUGACCAAUAAAAACCAACAGUGAGAGUAGCGUGCCUUCGGAUGGGUGCUGUGCACUGUACAGUUCGUGGCGGUAUGCACCUGGUAGUUGCUUGCAAUCUGCCAUUUAGCUAAAUUUGGAAGUUUUUGAGCUUGCUAAGCUUCAGUUUACUGUGCAUUGAAUUUUAUUGCUUGUUUUUUUCCCCAUUCUGCAGAGUUCUAAAUGAAAUUGUGUAGUUUACUUAAUUUUUUUUUUUGCCCGUGAAUCUGUACAUUUACCGAAGUAAAAAAAAGUAAGUACUUGAUCCACCACUGCCACAGACACACCAACUAACGUGACCAGCUAGAUUCCCCUCCAGAAUGUUGUCUAAAGUUUCACUUCUUAGUCGGUCUUUGCUAUUUUCAUUCCGCAUUGGCUCGAACUGGAAAGGCUUAACGGUUGAGCUCAUCUCAUUUUACGUCACUUCUCAGAACACAUUGCGAAGACAUAUUGGUAUUGAAAACAAAAACACAGUUUUAACCAGUUUUCGACCACCGAAACAAUUGUGCGCCACUCCUAAACGUUGAUUUACCAUUCCACAAUGGCAUCGUCUGGUCCCAAACCGGCAGGAAGUAGAUAGUUCCUGUAGUUGAGCAGUUUGUUGUCUUUGCAACAGUCUCGCACCCAGAGAUGCGAGACACAUGGCACGCCGCUGGCCAAGCACAGCAAGUACUUCCUGGUACGACAAUGCUGGUCGACGAUGAGAAGACUUUGGUAGGCCGCCUUGCACUUUGGAGAGGAGCAAAGCAAAGUGAGGCCAGAUUUGAGUAGGGGUGGGAACCCCUGGGUACCUCACGAUACCAUAUGCGAUACAACAACUAUCGAUACAUGGGUCAGGAAAUCAUUCCAGGACAUUCUACAAAACAAAAACAAGCUAUUUUCAUCCUUCUUCUGUGAAUUGGAAUGAGUUUAUCACUAAUAGACAUCCAAUCCAUUUGAACUAGGAGGGUGGCAGCGUAUACCAAUUCAUUUGCUGCCAUCCAUCUCAGUUCAAACGGAUUGGAUGUGUACGGGCGUCAGCCAAUACCAGGCCAACAAUGGAGCAUUUCACGUCAUUUCCUGUUAAUUUUCAGUCACUUUUUUUUUCUUUUGGGGCAUUUACAGGUCACUUCCUGUUGAUUUGGGGUCACUGAAAAGGAAGUGACUCAAGAAUGCCCCCAAAUUAAUAGGAAGUAGGGCUGCAGCUAACGAUUAUUGUUUUUUUUUUUUUCUUUUCUUAAAUCGAUUAAUCAGAUAAAUGUCACUUUGUUUUCAAUUACCCUCACAUUUUAACAUGAAAUUGUUUUAGGCAUUUAUAGCUUCCUGACUUAACUAUACUGUAGUCUAUAACGGUACUGUUUUAUGUACAUAAAAAUGUUUUUAAUAAAGGUUCUGAGUAUAAAACUUUAUUUCUCAGUACACAAAUAAGACAAAAUUCCUGUGCAUCCAAAUAAAAAAGUGCUGCUGAUUGACAUUUUUUUCUUUUUUCUUCUGGGCAAAGCGCUGAUAUAAAUUGUGUCAAUGUCUCAUUAAUUCUCUUUAAACAAACUAAACAAAAUCAAAUAAGAAGGCAGACUGUAAUAAAUCAGUUUUCUUUAUCAAACAGCUGUUCAUAAAUAUUCCUAUGUCAAAGCACACUGUUGGAAUUCACCCCCCCUCACCUCAGUGUAGCAGUGCUAACGUUACAGUGUUUAAUAUAGAUGUCUUUUCUUUAUUUUGUAUGUCUGAACUUUAAUUCUACAGCGUGUUGAUAAGAGAAAGGAAGUGGAGUCUCAUAUGCCAUCAGCAUGCACGCAUCAAUGUAUGCACGCAGGCACGCGUGCAGCGAUAAAACGCAGCUGUGAAAAUUACCGCCCUCAUUUUUAUUUACCGUGCGAUAAAUGGACUCAUUGCAUAUCGCGACAGGCUUAGCAACUUCAAUAAAACAUGGCGUUAGUUAGUUAGAUGGACUUACAAACUGGAUGACGGCGCUUGAGGUGUUUAUUCACGGCCGACGUGCAGCCAAGCUUGGCAUUGAAGAGACUGGACACAAGAGUGUACCCUCCUUUGUUGCUUUGAAAUAAGUCAAUGUUUUGGACAGUCUAGUGCGCUUUUUUGGCUUUGUGCCGCUUUCCCCGCUUGCAUACAGAGCGUCUGACAUUCUGAACUUUCCGCGCAUAUAUUUUUUUUAACCCUUCAUUAACCUUUGACGGGAUGUUGUGCUCGUCGACAGAUUUACGUCAUCGAUGACGUUGACUAUGUCGACUAGUCGGGACAGCUCUAGUAUCUAUUCUGCUUCUUUUCAUUAAACUAUGGUGUAGGCAUGUGCCGGUAUGAGAUUUUGACGGUACUAUAACCGUGAGCAAAAAUACCGCGGUUUCACGGUAUCACGGUAUUGCAAUUAUAGCUCCCAAAAAUUUUGAGAUGUAUGGGUUAAAAAAAAAAAACUUUUUUCCAUUGAACAGGAUUUUUUUUUUUCCAGACCAUAGUUGCAAAUUGGAACAUGAAUAUAAUGUUAAAAUAAAUAAAUUAUCAAUAAAAAAAAUUUGAAAUAAAAUUAAAAUAAAUAUAACUUAUAGACUAUACUCACAGCCACAGCUCAAGUUGCACAAGAUUAUAUAAAUAAUAUAAUAAUAAUUUCUAUAAAGUAAAAACACUUCUGUAUAAAAAUUUUUAAAAUUUAUACUGCAUGACUUUUUUUGAGGGUGGAAAAGCUUAAGUGAAGUUUCGCCAUUUUCAGCCACUGUGUCAUCUCUAGUCUACAUGAUGCCUUUGUGUUAAAAAGAACAUAAGGAAUUCAUAAGUUAGGUAAAAAUGUAUAAGUUAGUUAAAAUGUCAAUAUUGUUGUGGAAAGGUUUCAUCUAAAAAAAAAAAAAAAAAAAAAAACGCAUUGGGAGUGAGACCUCACUUUGAUCCAGCGAACGUGGAUUUGUGCUUAGGGCAAGAUCAUCGUUCGCAAUUAGCGAUCUUUGAUGCUAUCACUUUUUCCCCUUCAUUGAAGCGAAUCAAGCUCCUUUUCUCACUCUGCGGCUGUAACACUCAACGAAGUUGCUCUCCCAGCUGAGCCUAGGCUAACAUUCAUCUUUGUAAGCUUUUACUUAGUUUGUAUAUUGAAUUUGAAAGGAAAAUGUGUGUUUUGUUUUUGGCGAACUUUUUCCAUGGUGCUAAUCUGUGGAAGCUACUCACAUGGAAAAAUCUAAUUGUACAACAUUUUAAAUGUAUUCAUUUUGUAUAUUAAACUUACCACGAUUUGAGAGCUCAAGAAAUUGAAGAACAGUACGCCUCAUGUUUGGAGUAAUUGUUUUUGGGUUAGCUGGCUGUGUAGCCGAUAGCUCACUCUCACACACAGCAACAAACGGGAGGGGGUGAGCGCUGCUGCGCCAAGCCGCUUCUGGCUGCAUUUUUGACACAAGAAAAAUAGCGAAUACCGUCCUACGGUCUGACGGAAAAUUUUAGUGGUUUUGAAACCGCGACGUUUUCACACCACGGUAAACCGUGAAACCGGUAACCGGCACAUGCCUACUAUGGUGUGCUAUUUAUUUUAUAUUAGGUGUCUUAAAGUAGUGCAGUCCUACAGUAAAUAUGAGAAAUGAUACUAUUCCCUGAUUAUAUUACGUGUGUUAGAGUAAUGCAAAUAGACGGUGCCUACGAGAAACGGUACCAUUUUUCCAUUUCCCCCUUAUGAGCCCCGAUAAGGUGAUUCAAUUUACUGUGUCCAAGGGCAUGGAGUGAAGUCUGCCUAAACUAUAGUUAGAUGAUUGUGUAAUGUAAACAAUUAUAUGGUGUGCGCGAGAACGGUACCUAUUCCCUUCAACACUCUCUUGUAUGACAAUUUACUCUAAGCUGUUAUAGGAAUGGGUUUAUGUGUGCGAUUUUCUUUACAAAAACAAACGAGACAACUAUACUAACAAUAAGUGCUAAUAUUGCUUCUUCAAAAUAUAACAAUACAAACGGACACUUAAAACACUAAUAAGCAUAAUCAUUAACUAGCUUAGCGCUCGCUAUGUGCCAGGUAGUAACGUCUCAUUAACAAACAAUACAAACAAUACAAUUGGCUUCAUUUACUCACCUCUGACGGAGGCACACUGGAUCUAACAACACAAAAGAUCCUCUAACUCUCAACACUGUGUAAAAUGAUUCAGCAACCCAACCUGAGUGUAGUAGUGAACUCUCUCCGUUUUGCUCUAAUAUAUGGCGCGCGUGCAGCCCCACAUUACACACAAUCAAGGACCCAAAGUCUGCUCAUAGCUGCCGACAAAAAUCGAUGAUCAAAUUCAUCUGCAACUAAUAUAUUAAUCAAUUUUAAUCGACUUAACUAAUCACCGUAAUUUUCGCACUAUUAGCCGCACCUGACUAUAAGCCGCCACCCACCAAAUGUGACACGACAACGGCAUUUGUUCAUAGAUAAGCCGCACUAAACUAUAAGCCACAGCUGUCAUCACUGUAUUAUGGGAUAUUUACACCAAAAGACAACCGGUAGCACUUUAUUUGAUAGCGGCAUCAAGAGACCAAGUGAACCACCAUGAAUACAUUGCUUCAAGAAGCUUACUUUGGCCAUCACUGCUCCCUUGGGGAGACAGUCAACCUCUGCUGCCACCUGCUGUCAACAUUGUUGUCCAACAUGCCUCCUAGCAUGCAAUGGAGUGCUCCAGCUGUAAAUAACAGUCAAAAUUCAUGUUAUGUGCUAUUUCUUUCUUCAGUUACUGUUCCAGUUGUGUCAUUAUUUUUUAGUUAUGGUAUUUGGUAAAGGUGUAACGGUACAUGUAAUAGUAUUGAACCGUUUCGGUACGUAGUCGUCGGUUCGGAACGGACGCGUACCGAACGAGUUUCUGACCCUUACUUUUCAAAGUUUCUUAAAAGCCUAGAGCGCUUCCAGCAGUACAAGCUCAGACAAAUUUAAAAAAUACCGUGGGAGAGUCACACCACCAACAUAGAUGUCCUAAAACGAGCCUCGGUGACCAGUGUUGAAGCCACUAUUAUCUACCACCGUCUCCGCUGGGCAGGCCACGUUCGGAGAAUGGAUUCUUCUCGACUCCCCAAAAUAAUGCUGUACGGCGAGCUCGCAAAUGGCACUAGACCGCGAGGCGCCCCAAAGAUGCGCUACAAAGACCAGCUCAAGCGCACCCUGGUACGCACUGACAUCGACCCCUUGUCAUGGGAGCAAACUGCCAUGGACCGCAAAACAUGGAGGGGAACUAUUCACCAAGGCAUUGAUGCCUUCGAAAAAAAACGAACAGAAAAUGAAGAGUCAAAACAGAGGAAAAGACGAGAGACAACAACAACCCCGUCCUCCACCGACCCUCCCUUGUACACAAUGCCAGCGAUUAUUCCACCAUAGACUAGGCCUCUCAAGUCAUAUGAGAUAUAAACACCCACCACGAAAAUAGGUUGAAAAAGCGACUGAAACUAAUACUCGGACACGAGUGUGAAGCCGACGACGAACGGUACAUGUAAUAGUAUUGAACCGUUUCGGUACGUAGUCGUCGGUUCGGAACGGACGCGUACCGAACGAGUUUCUGACCCUUACUUUUCAAAGUUGUGAGUCGAUCGGGUUACAGUUUCUUUGUGUAGAUUAUAUUUACUCAGUCUUCUCUACUAUAAUGAGGACCAACACAGUAGGACAGUUCAGAAACGUCAACGGCGCGACGUGGCAGCUGCGAGAACGCAGUGAAACGCGGGCGUUAGUGUCAAUCAGCCAAUGCACACCAGUUGCAGUGCGGCCGCGUGUUAGAUGCGUCCCAGAAGCGGCUCAACGCGACGCACGCGAAAAGAACUGCAGAGUUUAUUAUUUGACGCGAGACGCGGCCCUCCUGCGUCAAUACUACUAGCUAGGAUCGGGCCGGAAGUCACUCGUGUAAUAAUACGGUGGAUCCGGUCGAUUUUCAAACUAUGCAAUUGUAACCUACUUUUUGAGUCCAUCAGAUCUCUUGAUUGGUAGAUCGGGGCGAAGUUGACUUGUCUUUGUUGAUUUACUGCUGUCUUCUCUGCUAUAAUAAUAACCAACACGGCCCCGUGUUCAAUAAAAAACCCUCCUACCACAACAACACAAGUAGGAACUAAUAUUCACAUAGGGACUAAAGUUAUACAACAUAAAACAUACAAUAUAAAUGAAUACUACAUCACAUUUGUAAAAUAUAAACACAUAAUAAAACAAAUAAGAGCCAAACUGAAAUGAGCUAAAACACCUGUAAUUAAAUAAUAAGAAUAAUACACACAUCCUACUUACGCAAUUAAAUUUACUAAUUUCUGUGUGGCGCUUUACCUUGAAAAAAUCCACCUAUAAAGCUUUUGAAAACCUUUCAAAAGAAAAAAAAAAUGUUUCAUUGAGGCAUUUCAUUUGUAAAAUACAUGUUACAACCUUUGUCAUUGGGAUUUCUUUUCUCUUUAGCACAGGACUUCUUUUUUAUUCUUUCAGAAAGAAAGCUGACCAAUACGCGGGGUCUGAAAGGAAAAUUGUUGUUGGAUUAUUUUUAAAUACCCGCUACUUUUUGAGCAGAAUUCUAGCUUUGUAUAGGCUAAUGUUCCUAUUGUUGAAAGCACAAAAGUGUGUAAUAAACAACGAGCACAUUUAUAUUUUGCAUUUUGUUUUUUUUACUGUACCGAAAAUGAUACGAACCGUGACCUCAAAACCGAGGUACGUACGGAACCAAGAUUUUUGUGUACAGUUACACCCCUAGUAUUUGGUAACACUCAGUGACAGUGGCACCAUAAGACUGACAAUCAUAAUUAUGACAUGACACUAUCACGAGCAUAAAUGAAUGCUUAUAACAGAUGUCGUUUAUUGUUAGCCGGCAAAUUAUCUCACUUUUGGAUGGAUGCAAAAGAUCCAAGCUAGACAUAAAUGGAGUUAGUAACAUAAUUUGCCGGAUGACACUUAAUGACAUCUGUCAUAAGCAUUCAGUAAUGCCCAUUAUAGCGUCAUAAUUAUGACGCCGCUGUCAAAUAUAGUGACACCAAAUACCAUAAUUAGCAAUAAAUGAAACUGGAACAGUAACUGAAUAAAUGAUUACCACAUAACAUGAAUUUUGAUUGUUAUUUACAUCUGUAGCGCUGCAAUGCAUACCAGGGGGCAUGAGUUACCUAUUAACCCAAAUAAAACAACAAAUAAGCCGCACUGGACUGUAAGCCGCUGGAUUCAAAAUGAAAGAAAAAAGUAGCGGCUUAUAGUCCAAAAAUUACUGUAGUUGUUGCUGCCUUAAUAGGAAGUGACUCAAAAUCAACAGGGGGUAACCUGU